ACACUAAAAAUCCACCACUCCCCAGUCCCCAGACCCAGCAGCACGCCGCUACAAAGGCACGCGAGCACAAGCAAAGCAAACCCUCGCUCGCAGACCUCUAGCGUAGCGAGCUUCUUGCUAUCCAAGCCAGUGACACACAAGUGACAAAGAGAGUACUCGCUCGAUCGCGCGACGCGCCGCGCAGCUAGCAAGCUACGGAGCUAAGAGAUCGCAUCGGUGCUAGCUUCCCAUGGCCGGCGCCGCCGGCGACAGAUCGGAGGACGUCGGCGCCGACUGGCCAUUCGGUGGCGGCGCCGCCGACGCCUUCACGGAGUACUCGUCCGUGUUCGCGGAGCUCGGCUGGCCGGGCGGCCUUCUAGCCAGCGGGGAGCUCCCGGUGCUGGAUCUGCCCGACCCAGCAGCACCGCUGCCGUCGUCGUCGCAGCUGCUGUCCAUAGAGCCGUCGGAGGACCCGGCGCCCGCCCGGUCGGGCGACGCCGGCGCGUCGUCGAGCUCGAGCGGGGACGGCGACGGCGCCGCGCCGGGCAACGACGACGACGAUCGGAAGGCGGCGCCGGCCGCCGAGGCAGCGGGUAGGAAGCCGGCGGCGGCGACGGCGAAGAAGGGGCAGAAGCGGCCGCGACAGCCGCGGUUCGCGUUCAUGACAAAGAGCGAGAUCGAUCACCUCGAGGACGGCUACAGAUGGAGGAAGUAUGGCCAGAAAGCUGUCAAGAACAGCCCUUUCCCAAGGAGUUACUACAGAUGCACCAACAGCAAAUGCACGGUGAAGAAGCGCGUGGAGCGGUCCUCCACCGAUCCCUCCGUGGUCAUCACCACCUACGAGGGCCAGCACUGCCACCACAUUGGUCCAUUCCAACGCGGCGGCGGCGGCGGCGGCGGAGGCGCAGCCACGGCGCGCUACCACAGCGCGGCGGCCGUGGCACUAGCGGAGCAAAUGUCUUCAUCGUCGUCGUUCAUCCCAGCGCGGCAGCUCUACAGCUUGCCGCCGUUGCACCCACCACAGAGCUCCCUGUCCUCAGAAGCCGUCGUUAGCUCGGCGGCGACUACAUCUUUUCAUCAGCAUGUUAACGACGGCGACGAGCUGCGGCAGGCUAGCUACAGCUCGAGGGUGUCCAUGGCGCAGUCGCCAUCAACUCCAUCGUCGGUGCCUCCGGCCAUUUCAGUUGAGAAGGCCGGGCUACUGGACGAUAUGGUGCCCCAUGGUGUGAGGCAUGGAACACCAUGAUGAUGCCAAUAUGCAUGACUAUCUGAAGUCACCUCUCGCAGGUCGGCACUACCAGGAAGGCAGAGAUGAAGUGAUCAACCAGCUAGCUAGGGUUUUCUCCUGCUGGAUUCAUCAGUAGUUAAAUUUAUAUCUACAUCAUCUUGUAGCUAGAGAGUAUGUAUAUAUACUCUGCUCAUUUGUCCCAGAUUUGCUCAUGGUCAAUGGCACUCUCCAAUGGACCUGCAGGUGGAUGCAUGUAUAACAGUACUUCUACUUUUCAUGGCGAAUUUUUUAUGCCAGAUUAACUUAUGUCUAGUUAUUACAUGGCGCUA